UUUGGGGCUCGUGAUCCGCCCUAGAAAUAUUAUGGCGAUGGAGAAUGUAGGGCAGCAGGGCGGAGGUGGAGGCGCGGCGCCUGAUUCCGUGUCCGCAGCGGGAGCUCGGCCUGGAGCUGCCGCUGCCGUUGAGGAGGAUGCCGAUCUGGACAACGAUGCGGUGUCGGCUGAGGACGAUCCGGAUCCAGUUGCGGAGAAGCUGUCCGGUCUUGUUACCGGUGUGAUCCAACAGACGCAAACAGUCAUGGAGGAGCUUCUUCCUGCCAUAGCGAACAUAAAUACAACCUACGUGGAAGUGACGGAGGAGUUCCAGCACGCAAGAGAUUUCGCCGUGGCCAAGAAGGCACGGCUCGAGGAGGAGAAGGAGAAGUUCCAGCAAGCGGCCUGCAGCGUUCUGGACCUUCUCAGCGCGCUCAACUAACUUUUCUGGCUCGUGACUUAAAGGAAUCAGAAUCCUGGGCUGCUGUCAAGGAGUCCCACCGCGUUGAAAGUGUCUACGAGCUACUACCAAUAAUCUCCACACGAACA